UGGACGGUGGGCCUUGAUGGGGUUUGCUGACUCAGCCUCCGUGGUCUGAGGGGAGGAAGGCCUUGUCCUGAGGGCUGCGCUUCAGACCUGCAGAUCCCUUGUCUAGUCUGUACCAUACUCCUGCCUGCAGCUCCAACCCUGGUCAUCAUGCCUCCUCCUCCUCCAAAGCGUCGACGCUUUUCACUUGAGGAAGGCCUUGGGCCACAAGAUUUGAGCACCUCUGAAGAGGUUGCUGCUGCUGCUGCUGCUGCUGUGACACUGAAGCCUCUCCAGUAUCCUCAGAGAGCCUGCUGCUCCCCCACUGCCAUGACCUCUGCUCUGUUUCUGGAGUCUGAAGAGGGUUCCAGAGGCCAAGAAGAGGAGGGGCUGAGCUCCUCACAGGCCCUGCCAGAAGCUGAGUCCUCGCUCGAAAAUGAGAUAGAAGGAAAGGUGUCUGACUUGGUGCACUUCCUGCUGCACAAGUAUCGAGUGAAGGAGCCGACCACCAAGGAGGAAAUGCUGAGUAGUGUGAUCCAGAAUUACCAGGACUUCUUCCCUGAGAUCUUAAGCAAAGCCUCUGAGUGCCUGCUGCUGGUCUUUGGCAUUGAUGUGAAGGAAGUUGAUCCCAUUGGUCAAUCCUAUCACCUGGCCACCACCUUGGGCCUUGCCUAUGAUGGGAUGCCUAGUGAUGACAACUGCAUGCCCAAAACUGGGCUUCUGGUCAUCGUCAUGGGUGUGAUCUUGAUGCAGGGCAACCGUGCCACUGAGGGGAAGGUCAGGGAAGUGCUGAAUAUGAUGGAGGUAUAUGCAGGGAUUGAGCAUGUUAUCUAUGGGGAGCCUGGGAAGCUCCUCACUGAAGAAUGGGUGCGGGAGAAUUACCUGGAGUACAGGCAGGUGCCCGGCAGUGAUCCUGCCUGCUACGAGUUCCUAUGGGGUCCAAGGGCCCACGCUGAAACCAGCAAGAUGAAAGUUCUGGAGUAUUUGGCCAAGAUCUAUGGGAGUGAACCCACAGCCUUCCCACUGUGGUAUGAGGAGGCUUUGAGAGAGGAAGAGGAGAGAGCCCAGGCCACAAUGGCCAUUGCAGAUGAUAGCACUGCCAUGGCCGCUCCAAGUUCUAGUGCCACCGCAACCUGCAUGUUUGUCGAUGGAACUGGAAAUUAUAAAGGCCUUCCAGUUUCUGAAGAACAGGUGCACAUGGGCUGA